AUGGUAUCAGUAAAAACACCAUGCUGGUAUCAUAUUAGUGCCAUAUGGUACCUUGUUACCAAUAUGUGUAACAAAAGGGAAGAGACAAAAAAAAAAUUACAAUUACAAUACCAGACUUACUCCGCUAAUCAUCAACCUCAUGUAUCAGAUAUGAACUACAUUAAUAACUCAGGUGGACAACAAGUUACAGUGCCAUCCUCAACUCUAGAUCAGCGUCCAUCAGUAGUAAAUUUAACAGUAGCUCCUGCCGCUUCAGCCUGCUCUAAAAGUAAUGAAUAUGAGGCUUGUCGUAUUGGCUCUUAUCAAAAUUAUACUGAUCCAUCGCAUAAUAAUGAUACUCUGACUAAUAAGGGUGGUUUCCAAGAACAGGUAAUUUUGUCCAAACCAAUAUACCUUUUAAUUAACUAUUUGGCUUAAAA